AUGUCGUCCGUUCAUUGCGUGGUGGUGUGGGAGUGGCAGCACGACGGGCAGUGGCUCCCACACUCCCCUGGCGUUGCUCGGACGUUGGAAAGAGCUCAUGCUAAGAAACUAACGAGGGUUGUGCUAUCGGAUGCCGACCCAGCCCUAAAGGGACACUAUGUCAACCUACGGACAUUAACACAGAGUUCAGAUACGCCAGGAGUGAGCGAGUGUGCAGUGCGACGCGCGUGCUACAGCGUGCAGUCGGCGGGUGGACGCGGGAUACGUUGGGAGUGGGCGAGACUCGCAGACCCUCCUCGAGCUGCCGAGCUGCGGUACGACCCACUGCCAAUGGAGGUGCAGUGCCGCCUGGAGGAGGCGUGGUCUCGCGGCGAGGCGCUGCAGUGGGAGGGCUGGCUGCUGUGCGGCGCCAGCAUGACGGCGCGCGGCGGCGGCGCGCUGCGGCUGCUGCGGCGCGCCCAGACCCCGCCCUACCCGCUGGUGCGCUCGCCCGCUGCCCCGCCCGCCCCGGCCACCCCGCCCGCCCCGCCCGCCCCGCCCGAGCGGCCCUGUCUCGACGCUCGAAGAACACGUAUACCUCAGCAGCACACGGGCUCGAGUGUACACUCAGUCCAGUCAAUACGUUCAGUCCAGUCAGUUCAGUCGGUGCAGUCAGUGAAGUCGGCUAAGUCCGUUCAGUCGGUGAAGUCGGCACCUGCACACACACAGUGUAGGGAAGGUCGGGACAGGAGGGAUAGUCGAGACAGACAUGGCGCGAGGAGUGCGUCACCUAAGGACAGGAAACCGGGGCUAGCUCGACAGAUAUUACAUAAUCUCAAUAUAUUUAGUAACAGCGGCAGCAGCACAGUGGAGCAGCAACAGCGCUGCGAGGAGCAGCGGCACACUGAUACGGAGAGCAGCAGCACGCGCUCGGCGCGGCGCCACAGUGUCGACACUGUCUCUACCUACCUCAGCCAUGAGAGCAAGGAGAGUCUGCAGCAAGCGGCAGUGGGCGAGCUGCUGAACUGCAGUGCGGGCAGUGACGACGUGUUCGAACCAGCUGACUCGAGGCAAGACCUCGACGCCCUCCACCAGCUGUCCGUCUCAGACACCGAAGACGUCGAGAGCGAGGACGAGGAGAGCAUCUGGCGCUGGGUGUCCGAAGUGGCGCGGCCGCAGUGGGGCGCGCUGUGCUGGGCCUGCGCCCGCCCGCUCGACCCCCACGAGCCGCAGCCCGCCCCCGGCCCCGCGCCCGCCCCCACCCCGCCCGCCCCCGACCCGCGCCUGCAGCGCGCCGUGGCGCUCGCCGGCUGCCACCACGUGCUGCACCUGCAGUGCCUCACCGACCACCUGGAGCGGUUGAGAGAGAACGGGGAGCGGCCGUAUAUCUCGUGCCUGGUGUGCGGACAGAGCUACGGCCGGCGAGCGCGGAGCGCCGGCGCGGGCGAGCAACCUCCCGGGUCCAUGGCGUGGCGCGCGCAGCCCUCCGCGCUGCCCGGCCACCCGCACGCCGCCUCCAUACUCGUCACCUACAACUUUCAAUCUGGUCGUCAAGGACCGCGUCACCCGCGUCCCGGCGCGCCGUACUACGCUGUGGGCUUCCCGCGACAUUCUCUCUUACCGGACACACCACUAGGACGACAGGUGCUAGCAGCCCUGCGGGCGGCGUGGGAGCGGCGCGUGCUGUUCACCGUGAGCGCGUCGCAGACGACCGGCCGCGAGCACGUGGUGGCGUGGAGCAUCCCGCCGCCGCCCGCCGCCGCGCACCACUACCUGCCGCCGCACGCGCCGCGCCCGCUGCCCUCCGCGCUGGCGCACCUCGCCCGGCUGCUGCGGGACACCUCCUCGUGACACCGCACAGCGCGCCCCCACCACCACCGCCACCACCACCACUACCUGCCGCCGCACGCGCCGCGCCCGCUGCCCUCCGCGCUGGCGCACCUCGCCCGGCUGCUGCGGGACACCUCCUCGUGACACCGCACAGCGCGCCCUACCACCACCGCC